GCAGAUUGACAAGGCCAUUAGUUUGGGAGUAUAAGGUUCACGAUUGUAAUAAGCUCGCUUUGCGGUGCAAUGAGACAUUAUCAAAUAUUGAUCGAAGAGUUAUAUCAAAAUAUUCCACCAUAGUUUCUGCCAACGCUGUAAGUGAUCUGAUCGAUGCAAGGCCGCAUUGUAACGGUCAUUGUCUCCGUCACCUGCAAGAGAUUUUUGGCGCGACUCCUACCUGCGAAAAUUAUUGACCGCAACGAUCUAUCGAUAUAGGGAUCGUUAUUAAAUGACGUCUGCUCUUUAUAUGAAUGUAUAUCAGUGCCGCAAUCAUGUUUUAAACGUUAAUUGUGUGAGAGAAAAUCUCUAAUUGAAGCUGUAAACAGACUGUUUGAAGUUCCCAUUACCCGGGGACUAUUUUAUUUGGGUAUUUCAUGAGAAGGAAGAAUAGAGUUUUGGUGAUAUGGGUUUAAUCAAUUAUUCUGCAUCGCAUUUUAUGAUAUAUUGAAAUCGCCGGGAGAAUUUGUUAUAUUUCUUCUGAUGAAGUUUCAGCACGCAAUAUUGUGGACUGGUGGACAUCACGAUUUAACUUAUAUAAAAAUAAACAUGUAGACGUUGAGAGCAUUCAUUCGAUUUAAACGAGCUAAUCCCCAAAAGCAUCGCAUCAUCAAUGCCUGCUGGGUUGAAAACAGCAUGACGAACUUCAAGCAGCUAUCAGCCUCUUUUCCCGCCGACUCUUCCCCGAUAUCGAGCGGGGAGUGGGUGAACCUAUACACCCGGGCACACAGUCGAAGACAGAAGUGCAUGAAGGAUGCCGAAGUGAUGCGGAUAAAUGUUCUGAAGCAGCGGGAGAAUGAUCUGGAGAAGUACCGUCGGGAACAGCUGACGGGUGGACCGGGAAAAUCGAAGAUCAAUUCACUGACGGUCUCAAAAACACCAGCAGCAUUCAAGCCAUCAUCAAACAACUCACGCUCAACCGCACCCUCCAAAGUCUCUUUAUAUUCAGUAUCAUCUUCAAAUUCCCUCUCACCCCCUGCAAAACUUAAAUGGCCAUCAAGUGUCCCACCGCGGUUGCGGAAACCUUGCAAAACAAGUCCACGUCGAAAGAUACAGCCGACAACACUUCCCCCGCUCAGAGGGACUCUGGAAACAAAUUACAUCAACAUCGCCAACGUGUACGGAAAUGCCUCCCGCCAGACACCGCAAGACACGACGAUAGAUUAUAGACUCCCGCAUAAAGAGUGGAGCCCGGCAGACAGCACCCCUAAAACCCUGGACGGAAACUUGUCAGGGUUGUGCGAUAUAUCUAAAGUAUGGGAACACGGGAUGUGUAUCUACUGCGAGCUGGAGCGAAUCGAACGAUCGAUCCCGCGCACGCCGCGAUUUUUCAAGUGGCGCUCUAAGGAUAGGAUGAAAAGUUUAAGUAUGAAUGUUGAUAUCGGCGGUGAAGGCGACGGUGCCUGUGUGAUCGGUGCCUGUGUGAUCGGUGGCAAUAACAGACCAACGGAGAGGACUAAGGAUGAAUACGACGGCGACGAUGACAACGGGAUCGUGAGGAACCUCGAGUAUGAGCCCGACAUAUAUGUUGACACCACCUCAAUAAGAGAUGAUUUGAGCAUCAGGGAAAACUAUAGUGGAACAAACAAAAGAAAAGUGGAAAGUGACGAGGAGGAAGUGGAAAUCGACUACGAAGCCCUGGAGAAACUUGCAAAGUGGUAUGAACGUUAUCCAAGCACGCCCGUGUCUUUCUGGAAGCAUCGCGAUCAAAGGACGUUUCAGCCUUUGUUCUAGCCAAAAGAUUGUCCGAUGAUUAAUCACCUCUUAGAGAUGUUGAGCUCUAUGUUGCCAUUUCAUAAAGCUCUUCGUAAGUUAAGAACGACUGGUGAACCUUUCUAACGUGCUUAACCGUCGCCAAUGAAUAUACCAUUGUCCACAAGAAAGGAUCACUAGUCGUUCUUAACUUACAAACAGCUUUAUGAAACACCCACCUGCUUACACAAUGUUGCAUCACCUAAGAAGAUCUAGUCUAUCAUUCAAGAAUGUGUUUGAAUUUCAAAAUUGUUUUUGAAACAAUUCUUUUUCAAGUGUGGAAAAAAGCUUAAGUCCUCACACCAUCAGUUCACAGUAAUUCACAUAGAAGUCAAUGCAUCAAAUGAUCUUGACAUUUGUCAUAAAAUAAUUUAUUCCCACAUAGAAAUCUUUGAAUAAGUUUGGAACUUGACACAAUAUAUAUUUGACAUUUAGUCUUAAUCUACUAGUCAUUCACUUCAAUAAAUCAGUGAACAGAAUACAGAAUGUCAACAAUGAAAUGACAAAUACCAAUUUACCACUAUAUAUGACAUUUUGUCUUGAUCUAUCAGUAGUACACCAAAAUAAUUCAGUGAAAAGAACACUUAAUUUUGAAAAUGAAAUAAUACCUCCAUACCCAACAUAGGAAAAAAUUUUGAGCCAUCAAAAUGUAAAUUAAAAGAUUUUCUUUACAUACAUAUGAUAGAAGCACACAUGAUAAACUUAACUAGCAUUCCAGCAAGAAAUUAGAUAAAACAGUACGACACAUUUUGGAUGCCUGUAAGUCCCUUAUAUGAUCCAACUGUGAUGCAGUUUUGAAUAAAUAAUAUUUUGCAUUGAAUAUGAAAAUUCAAACAAGUAAAAUUAUCUAAUUUCAAGCUUGGAGUGAUGCUAAGAAUACUAAAAUCAAACUUUAGAUUUACUGUAGCCUUGUGGUCAGAGUGAAGUCCAAAAAAAUAUAUUUAUAAAAAAUAUGAGAAUUUGAACAUUAGAAAUGAAAUCAACUGUAAUUUUACUUACAUGUACUUCAACUGUAAAUUUGGGCUUUUGAACUUUAUAAUGAUGGUAAGUGCAACUAUUCUGUAACCAUUACACACAAUUUGUAUCAUGACUUUUCAUGUCACAUGUAAUUUAAUGAUCAUUGUUUGCAUUUCAUUGUCAUAAAUGUAUAAAACAACUAUUCUUUCAGCCAUCUUUAAUUUAUUACACUGUACAGUCAAACACAAUUUAGUAUUCCAUAUUUUGUUGCAUUGAUUCAGUAUCAUUUGUCAAAAUUGUGAGAGAUAAGGGUUUUCAUCAUCAGAUGACAUUACAAAAUUCAGUACCCUAAAGGAUCUAUUAUAAAUAGAUCUUAAUAAAUGUUGAUAAUGAUGUAUUUUUAUUAAUUAUCAAGUCUAGUAUACUGCUCUUAUUGCUAAAUAUAGUCUUUUUUUAAGUAUUUUUUUUUUACUUUUCAGGCAAAAUAAAAAUGGCCUCAAUAAAAGUCAACUUUAUA